CUUGAAUUUUAGGAAAGAGGGAGACUGGAGGGUGUCUGGCUUGUAAUGAGCCUCUGGAUGCGGUUCCUGUACGAGAGCUCCCAGUUGAUUUCUUCUUACCAAUUUUAAAUUUUUUUUUUAAAUGUAUUUUUUGUCAGCUUCUAGACCAAUACGUUCUGCUUGGUAUUUCGCAGACCUAAUAUAUUCUUCUAGAAAAUUGACUAGAAUUGUUCACACUAGGCUCGCACUUUAUCGUUGUACCCUAUAAAGUACAUGAAUCCAUACUCCUUUUAUACUAAGCCGAUGACAAUUCACAAUCUCUUAGAGGAGAAGUUAUAAUAAAGUCCUCGCCUUACCUUAAUACUUUUCCAUCUAAAUCAUAAUCACAGGCAUAUAUUCAAACUUGACGAAACAUGGCUUCCUUCUCAACAUCUUACAGUUUUAAGCUUCAAAGUUGCUUCAUCUGGCUAGUAAUUGGAGCAGCUUCAGCUCAAUUAUCACCAAAUUUUUAUUCAAGUUCGUGCCCAAAUGCGCUCUCAACAAUCCAAUCUGCUGUGAACAAUGAGUCUCGCAUGGGGGCGUCCUUGCUUCGGCUUCAUUUCCAUGAUUGCUUCGUUAAUGGAUGUGAUGGUUCACUUUUGCUCGACGAUACUGCAAAUUUCACAGGAGAAAAAACAGCAAUACCCAAUCUAAAUUCUGUGAGGGGUUUUGAAGUCAUCGAUACCAUAAAAUCUCAAGUUGAGAAUGUAUGCGCAGGUGUUGUGUCUUGCGCAGAUAUUCUAGCAGUUGCUGCUCGAGACUCAGUAGUUGCUCUUGGUGGACCAAGUUGGACUGUGUUAUUAGGGAGAAGAGAUUCGACUACAGCAAAUAUAAGUGCAGCUAAUGCAAUUCUUCCUGCUCCAACUUUGAAUAUCACCCAGCUCAUUACAUUGUUCUCAGGCCUAGGCUUUACUAACCAAGAUUUGGUUGCUUUAUCAGGUGCGCACACUAUAGGCCAAGCAAGAUGCACUACAUUCAGAUCUCGUAUCUAUAACGAGACUAACAUAAACUCGACAUUUGCAACAUCUUUGCAAGCAAAUUGUCCAAGUAGUGGAGGGGACAACAACACUUCACCACUUGACAAAACCCCAACUACAUUCGACAAUACCUACUUCAACGAUUUGUUGACAUUACAAGGUGUUCUUCACUCCGACCAAGAAUUGUUCACUGGAAAUAAUGGAACCACAGAUUCACAAGUCUCAUCUUAUGGGUCGAAUUCUACGACGUUCUUCGCCGAUUUUGCUAGUGCAAUGCUGAAGAUGGGUAACAUGAGUGUUCUUACUGGAACAAGUGGAGAAAUUCGAACUAAUUGUAGGAGGCCUAACACUGCUUCGUCGAACUUGGCUGAAAAUUACAACAUUUUCGAUAUAGUCACGUCUCUUUUCGAUAUGUAAUAAUGUAAGGAAUUAAGGGGGUUGGGACCGAAAGAACAAUAAGAGUGUGUCUUAUUUGUGAUCUUGUUCUUAAUAUUAAUGAUAAUGAAAUAAGGAGAACUAGAGAGUGCUUUGCUAUAUCU